AUGAAUUUCUCCCAUCGUUUCACCGUCGUUCUCAUCCACCAUCUGCAAGCCCUAAACCUUCCCCAAUCUCCAAUUCAUCAUCGCCAAAUCCAAUUUCUACUACCUAGGGUUUUUGUGUCAGACGAGAUUUUCAAGGAUUUGGAGAAUGGCAAGCUUGGCAACCAACAUUGUCUAUACCUAAGUCAUCACAUUAUCAACAAAGUCCGAGAAGAAUUCAUCAAAAAUCAUGGUCCUGGAGAAAGCCUUACUUCUUACUUACGACAAUGUUUGUCCUUACGCCCCCUUUCCACCGACUGGUGCCGCCACCUCCUUCCCCAUAUCCUCUGUUGAAUGUAUGUACUUGUGAUCAGCAUCUAGGGACACAGUUCAUCUUCUCCCUAUUCAAUAGAAUGUGCACAACAACUGUUUGAUGAAAUGCUUACAUGAACUAGGAGUGCAUUAUGAGUAUAUCUAUCUCCAGCUGUUCAUAAUUUGCACAUGGUCAUGGCCCAUGAUAUGGCAGCUGAUAACUAGUUACUGUUAGUGGAAAUUACAAU